AAGAAAACUUCUAAAUUUCAAAAUUAUGAAGAAUUACAGAAUUACUCACUUAAGUAUGAGGCCUUUUGUCUACUCAGCCCUUAUGGAAGGCAUGGGAGAAGACAAGACAGGAAAGUUGGGUAUCACAUAGUCUCAACUAGAUAUCCUCAGGUAUCAUUGAACAGGCCAUGGCUCCACGUUUACGGCGACGAAGGCAUAAGAAACCUCCAUCAGUGACUGCACCGGUUGUAACUCCUCCCACAGUUGAGACUCCUGUACCUCUGACCCUGGAAAAACCUGGCCCUAGCAUUGAUGCAUUAGGUUUCUUCUCCUUGGAUAAUAAUGUUCCUGGCUUAUCCAAGCUGAUCCUUCAAAAGCUGAACAUGAAAAGCUAUGAAGAAUACAAGUUGGUGGUAGAUGGGGGUACCCCUGUAUCAGGCUUUGGAUUUCGAUGUCCUCAAGAAAUGUUCCAGAGAUUGGAGGACACAUUCCGAUUUUGUGCUUACUGUAGAGCAUUACCUAGUGGCCUUUCAGACUCCAAGGUCCUCCGGCACUGUAAGAGGUGCAGAAAUGUAUAUUACUGUGGUCCAGAGUGCCAGAGGUCAGACUGGCCAGCACACAAGAGGGUUUGUCGAGAGCUCUGUCUUGUGGCUAUGGAUCGUCUCAUGGAAUGGCUCCUGGUCACAGGUGAUUUUGUCCUACCCUCAGGACCUUGGCCCUGGCCAGCUGACAUUGUACAGGACUGGGAUACCUGGUUUUCUAUGAGAGAGAGACAGCUAGAGGCUACACUGGAUGCUGUGCUAGGUAGCCAUGCCAUGACCAUCCUCUGGGCCAGUGUAGGAAGGCCAAGGCCAGACCCAGAUGUUCUGCAGGGGUCUUUGAAGCGGCUACUGACAGAUACCCUGUCACGGCCCUUGACACUGGGCCUAGGACUUAAGGCCUUUGGCAUAAACAGUGGAAAGACUGGGGGAAGCACAGUGCAUGUGGUUGGUGCUUCACAUGUGGAGACAUUUCUCACUCGAUCUGGGGACUAUAAUGAGCUUGGAUACAUGUUGCCUGGACAUCUUGGCCUCCAUGUAUUCAUGGUGGGUGUAGACGUGGCUACUAGCUUUUUACAGAGCGCUGCAUCUUCAACUCCAGAACCCGGCACCAUUCUUCUUAGUGGCCACAGGGGCCUCUAUCAUGACUUCUGGGAGGAACAUGUAGAGACUGGGCAGAUAGCCCAUCCAGAUAUGGUAGUGGCUUUCCAUCCAGGUUUCCAUGCCUCCCCAACCUUGAUGGAAAAUUGGCUACCUACCUUGCUGCUACUUCGUGACUAUAAGAUCCCUACAUUGCUUACUGUCUACAGCCACCAGGAAUUGGCAGCCUCUGUACAGAUUCUGGUGGACCUGGAUACACAUAUCAUUGCAUAUGGAGCUAAUCCUUUCGCAUCUCUCAAGCCUGAACAGGUCUAUUCUAACCCCAACAAGCAGCCAGUAUACUGCAAUGCCUACUACAUCAUGUUUCGAGGGAGUUCCUGCCAGCUAGAGAGGCAAUUAGAAGAGAAAGUAGAUCGUGGAGUUUAAAUGGCUGAGCCAGAGCCUCACUAGAUUCAUGGAAAAUGGGGAAGCUGUGACAAAAUUUUACUGCACAUGCCAGGAUGUUGCCAACACUGAAACAUACUUUGUUCUAAAUCUCAUUCACUGUACAGGUAAAGAGUCUAAGCUGAACGAGAGCACCAGGAUGAUGUAACUUAUUGCUAAGAGGUUAGCCACAAGUAGCUUCUAAAGAUAGGUUUCUAGAUUUAGUAGGUAGCAAAAAGCCCUGGUGUCAGUCUUUCCAUAGUCUGGAGUUCUUAAUAGUCUCCUUUGUGAGUAAAUUGUACCUUUGACUGGAACCAGAUGGCACUGAAGAAAAAAAUGAGAACUACCAUAUUCUUCUGAAAAUGAUUCUUAUUCUGCAGUUAGGGUUAAAAAAUGGAGAUGUUGAUGACUUGAAAGUAAUGUGAGAAUGGACAAGUCAGGAAAGUUUUGGGAGCAUCAGGAAGGUUGUAAAUAUUGGCACACUGUUAUAUUUCCUCCUGCCUUCUUCUCUCAAGAAAGGUCUCAUUUUCCUAUUGUCUUUUGGGGAAUUCUGACCCUAGAAUGGACCUGGUGGUAUAUUUGAGUUAUCCCAGGUUAUAUGAAACUUUACCUGAAUUCAUUGGAGUUACCCACCUGCUCUGUACCACAAUAAAUUCAGUUUUGAGAGGUUUUUAUUGUUGUUUUUGUUUGCUUAUUUUAGUGACAGAGGGAGCUCACUAUGUUGUCUGGGCUGACCCUGAACUUUUGAGCUCCAGUAAUCCUCUUACCU